UCUGUUGAGUUGGUAGAAUGUAGAAAGACCCACCUCAUUGGUUAAUAUUCCCUGUAGUAGAAACAUCUGUUGGUUUGGCAUAAUUUAGAAGUAGGUUUAAAAUUCAUACUUAUUACAAAUCUGCAGUUGUCUGACUAUUAUAUUAUUAUUUAAUAAAAUAAAUGUAAAAAUGAACUUUUUGCCUGGAAAUAAAAUACACAUUUAUCUGCGUUUCCCACUCCAGUCAACAGGUGGCGAUGGGCGUCUUUCAGGCGAUGCGCGUCUUUCCGGCGACGCGAUCAGCAUGAUUUAUAAUCCAGUGGACGGGACUCUUCUUCAACAACAUCUAGUCAGGCACCUCGGUAGCUUCCUAGCCUAUACAUUCAAGCUGUUCAGACUGCUUCGGUGUAUAUUUUCCUCUGUAUUUUAAGCAUAAUUCUGUCAAAUAACUAGUUUCCCCAUUUAAAAUCAUAUUUCCGUUUAGUCAGGUAACGGUAGCUGGCUUGAUAAAUUAGCAUAUCACUAGGCUAGUCGCUAACUAGCUAGGUUAGCUGGCUAACAUCACCGACCAUGGUGUCACUAAACUACCCCCCUUCUGUUAAAGAAGAGGAGGUCUGCUGGACGGAGAAAGAAGCUCUGGGGAUGAACAUUGUCGUGAAAGAGGAGAAGGAAGAAGAGGAUGAUGUCACAGUAAAACAAGAAGUAGAGGGUGAGGCUGUUACUGUGAAAGAAGAAGAGAAAGACGUUUCAGUGAAAGAAGAGGAAGACGCGUUCAGAGUGAAAGAUGAUGAGGAUGUUACAGUAAAAGGAGAGGAGGAUGCAGUUUUUGGAGUGAAAGAGGAGGAAGGGGAGAUGACUGUCACAUUGAAAGAGGAGAAUGAAGAACAUGAGGAGCAGACAGGUGAUCUGAUUAAAACCAGAGAGAGACCAGACUCUGACAGCGGGAAGAGUUCCUCAGAGGAAACAGACCUGGAGACGCCUAACCAACACCACUGCUUCCACUGUGGAAAGAGUUUUAGGUGGUUUGGGAGCCUGGAAAUGCAUGAGAGAAUACAUACAGGAGAAAAGCCCUACCACUGUUCCCACUGUGGAAAGAAUUUUACUCAGUUCGGGGCCCUGGUUGGGCAUGAGAGAACACACACAGGAGAGAAGCCUUAUCACUGCUCCCCCUGUGGUAAGAGUUUUAGGUGGUUAUGGGUCCUGAAAAAGCAUGAGAGAAUACACACUGGAGAGAAGCCAUAUCAUUGUUCUCACUGUGGAAACAGUUUUAGGUGGUUAGUGAGCCUGAAAACGCAUGAGAGAAUACACACAGGAGAAAAUACUUUCCAUUGUUCCCAGUGUGAAAAGAGUUUUAGGUGGUCAGGGAGUCUAAAAAAGCAUGAGAGAAAACACACAGGUGAAAAGCCUUUCCAACAUACUAAUACACAGGAGGAGAAGAUAUACCACUGCUCUCAUUGUGAAAAGACAUUUUCCCAGUCAGAGGACUUGAAAACACAUGAGAGAAUAGAGAGACUGUGUUCUGACUUGUGUUUUUGACUGAGAAUUUGUGUUUUUGUUUGGACUGUCAGACUUGAGUUUACUUUUUGUGAUGUUAAUUAAUCAAUUAAUCCAUUGUUUGAAAGGAUUAAAAAUAAAUUGAAAACAUCAAAAAAACGUUCUGUAUACCACUACAAUCUACAACGCCAUGUAAAAACAAGAUGACAUGGAGGUUAAAUAAAGUGUGCUUUAUCAAUGGAACAUAUUGUGACCCGUCCACUUUGGGGUGCUGUAGAGUCAUAAUAUCCAUAACAACUACAGGUCAAACAGGGAAAUGGCUCCAAUCUUUAUCCACCAUUCAUUUUUUCCAUAGGGCUGUGUUUUGUUUAGGCUCACCCUGGUGUGAUGUUUUGGUAACCAUGUAAAUAACCAUGUAAAUCUCUCUAGGACAAGGUGACUGAGGGCACACCGUGUGUUGUGAAUGUAUUGUAAUGUUUUUAAAAUUGUAUAACUGCCUUUAUUUUGCUGGAACCCAGGAAGAGUAGCUGCUGCCUUGGCAGGAACUAAUGGGGAUCCUUUAUUCACAGAUUCGAAAAUGACAAUUAGCAUCAAAGUAGACGACAUGCAAGACUUCAAAUAAUAAUAAACUUCUUCCAUUAUGUAUGAUGGAGGCCACUAAGACUACAAAUCCCUGCAGUUCCACGGAUUCAGACUACACAUAAUAAUAAUAAUAAUAACAAACUUCUUCCAUUAAGUAUGAUGGAGGCCACUAAGACUACAAAUCCCUGCAGUUCCACGGAUUCAGACUACAAAUAAUAAUAAUAAUAACAAACUUCUUCCAUUAAGUAUGAUGGAGGUCACUGUGUUCUUGGGGACCUUCAAUGCUGCAGAAAUGUUUUGGUACCCUUCUCCAGAUCUGUGCCUUGCCACAAUCCUGUCUCAGAGCUCUAUGGACAAUUCCUUUGACCCCGUGGCUUGGUUACCUGUGGGACUUUAUAUAGACAGCCUUUCCAAAUCGUGUCCAAUCAAUUGAAUUUACCACAGGUGGACUCCAAACAAGUUGUAGAAAAAUCUCACGGGUGAUCAAUGGAAUUAGGAUGCAUCUGAGCUCAAUUUCGAGUCUCACAGUAAAGGGUCUGAAUACUGUAAAUAAAUGUGCAACAAUGUCUAAAAACCUAUUUUGUUUUUUUCAUUAUGGGAUUUUGUGAUGUCAUUAUGGGGUAUUGUGUGUAGAUUGAUGAGGGAAAAAAUCUGUAAUGUAACAAAAUGUGGAAAAAGUGAAGGGGUCUGAAUACAUUACGAAUGCGCUGUAUACCCCUGGCAGAGUUUUCUACCCCUGGUAGAGUUGUAUACCGUUGGCAGUUUUGUACACAGUCAUGUGACACAUGGUCUAGAAAAAUCCAAUCUUAGGAGAGAACAUGGGAGGCACUAUAUCUGCAGGUGUUUAUCUGGUCAAAACCACCGAUAUAGGUGCCCCUCCACCCUUUGGUGGGAUGGAUCAUGUCUACAGAGAAACCUAGAUUCAAAUACUUAGAUGUGUGUGUAUUGGGUAUAUGUUGUGAAAUGGUUAGAUAUUACUUGUUAGAUAUUACUGCACUGUCAGAGCUUGAAACACAAGCAUUUCGCUACACCCGCAAUAAUAUCUGCUAAACAUGUGUAUGUGACCAAUAAAAUGUGAUUUGAUUUUGAUUUGAAAUAAAUGUCCUAUUUAUCAAAGGUGCUUUUGCCUGGGGUCAAAAUGACUCCAAAGGUUUUGAAUUAUUUAAAAGUCCAUAUUGAUACAGAAACACAUUUACUAACAAGUUGAUUGACAAAGUAGUGAAAAAUUGAAUAGAAUUGAUAAACCACAUUUUGGCUAUGAUAAAAUAUAUGCCUCUGGGGUCAAAAUGAUCCAUGUCAGAAUCAUGCUUCAAUGCAAAUAUGUAGUGGGUGAAAAGUUUGUUUUAAUUUCUCACUCAUUAAAAUGUGUACUGGGUGUAAUAUGGUUUUAAAUUCUCACUCAUUAAACACGAAUCGAUCAA